AUUUGAAUUAGGUAAGAGGGGACAAAAAGAUUAGCUCAGCCUUGUCCUCAAGUAGAGUUCUUCUGUGAGCCGUGUGUGGGGAUUCCCGUUCUCCACUUACUCCAGGAUGUUUUGGUUUGUUUCUUUCAGCAUUAUGUGGAAACUAUAGUGGGAAUGGGUAGGUGUAGUUAUUAAGACCAAGAUGAUAACCUCACCUCUUCUUUGGUGUAGGAUGGAAAGUGAACAACUGGCAGACAGGGUCAUUGAUGCAGUGAUAAGGACCCUCAGCACCUACCCCUUUAACUUCCAGGGUGCCACGAUCAUCACUGGCCAAGAGGAAGGUGCCUAUGGCUGGAUUACUAUCAACUAUCUGCUUGGCAGUUUCUUUCAGAACUCAGGUUGGUUCAGCGGGAUCUCAGAAAAGAUGAAUCAUGAGAAAACAUUUGGAGCUUUGGACCUUGGGGGCGCCUCUACACAAAUUACUUUUGUGCCUGAAAACCACACUAUGGAGUCCCCAGAAAACUCUCUGCAAUUUCGCCUCUAUGGCAAGGACUACUAUGUAUACACACAUAGCUUCUUGUGCUAUGGGAAGGAUCAAGCACUCUGGCAGAAACUGGCCAAGGAUUUUCAGGUGUCAAGUGAUAGAAGCCUCAGGGACCCAUGCUUUCACACGGGGUAUAAGAAGGUUGUGAACGUAAGUGACCUUUACAAGACCCCUUGCACCAAGAAAUUUAAGAGGACUCUGCCAUUUGAUGAGUUUCAAAUCCAGGGUACUGGAAACUAUGAACAAUGCCAGCAAAGCAUUCUUGAGCUCUUCAACACUGGUGACUGCCCUUACUCUCAGUGUGCCUUCAAUGGGAUUUACUUGCCACCAAUCCAGGGAAAUUUUGAG